UAUUAUUUUGAGAAUACUUGUGAAAAACAUAGAUAACGAUUGCAACUUAGCACGAAAAGAGCAUUAUUUGGGCUUCUCUCUAAUGGCGUCAAAUAAUUUGGUGAAAAUACUUGAGGUUUGCCGAGUGACUCCAUUACCAAGCUCACUAGUUUCAGCCACACCAAGUUCUCUCCCUCUCACCUUCUUUGACAUACUCUGGCUUAGAUUUCCGCCAGUGGAGCGAGUUUUCUUUUAUGAAACCUCUUCUACAAACACAAGCUUCAUGGAUUCCAUUCUUCCAAAACUCAAGCACUCACUCUCCCUAACACUUCAUCACUUUCUCCCUCUUACUGGUACCUUCACUUGGCCUCAGGACUCCCUCAAACCUAUCAUCAAUUACACACAGAAUAAUUCAGUUUCACUCACUGUAGCCGAGUCCAAUACCAACUUCUAUCAUCUCUCAGGCAACAACUUUGUUGAAGCUGUGGAAUACCAUCCUCUUGUACCUGGCUUACCAACAUCCCAUGAACAAACCCCAGUAUUGUCGUUGCAAGUCACGGCGUUCUCAAAAUGUGGGUUUUGCAUUGGAAUUGCUGCACACCAUGCUUUUCUUGACGGAAAAAGCUCAACCAUGUUUAUGAAAGCAUGGGCUCACUUGUGCAAACUUGGAGGAAAUGCUUUGUCCUUGGUACCUGAGCUAACACCAUGCUUUGAUAGGAUGGUUAUCAAGGAUCCGGCUGGGCUUGAGUCAAUCUACUCGAACGGGUGGUUGAACCAAGAUGGGCCACACAACAAGAGCUUAAAGGUGUGGGAACUAAAAACACCACCAGGUGUGGUACGUGGUGCGUUUGAGUUGACUCGUACAAAAUUAAAGAAGCUGGGGCAGUUGAUAACCGGUAUUCUAGAAGAGAACAAUGAACAAGGACAACCAGUUCACUUAUCAAGGUUAACACUGACAUUUGCCUACACAUGGGUUUGUCUAGCUAAGGUAGAAGCAGUAAGGGACAACAAAUUACAUCUUGGGAUUAAUGUAGACGCUAGGUCUCGCUUAGAACCUUCUGUGCCCGGGAAUUAUUUUGGAAAUUGCCUUACUGCUUGUAUUGCAAUUGCAGAGAGAAAUGAGCUAUUGGGUGAAAAGGGGGUGGCUGUGGCUGCGAAGGCUAUAAGUGAAGCCAUAAGAAAUUUGGAUGAUGGUGUCCUAAAAGGUGCUGAAAAAUGGCUAUCACUACUGCUUACUUUAAAGAAAGACAAACUAUUUGAUGGAGUACGUGGAAUUGCUGGGUCACCUCGAUUCGAGCUUUACAAUACAGAUUUUGGAUGGGGAAAGCCAACGAAGGUAGAGAUGAUUUCUAUAGAUAAAACAGGAGCUAUACGUGUUUCGGAAACUAGAGAUGGUGCUGGAGGAAUUGAAAUAGGGAUGGUUUUAAAUAAACAUGUAAUGGAAGAGUUUGCUUCAGUAUUUGCCAAAGGACUUGAAAUCCUGUAAAGUUACAUGUAACUUGCAAGGUUUUGCAUGUAAGAGAGAUGAUGUGUGAACUGUGAGGCCAUUUUGGUUGAUUAAUUUGAUAUUUUUGUUUUGAGUAAUGUCAACACAGUUUGUGAUCAAAUAUAUUUAAAUCUUUUGCCAGGUUCAUGAAAAGCAAGGGUGCUGAUGAUCCGGUCAUAGCAGGGUUGUUCUUAUUGAAUUGAAUGUAUUAGUCAGUUAAGAAUAAAGAGAUCUUAGCUUUAGAAUUGGUAUCAGUCCUAAUUUUAAUAUUUGCUUGAGGAUUCUAUUCUAUAACUUUCAGAUAUGUGAAUGAAAUGCAUAUUGUACA